GUUUAUUCUAAAAUGACGGAAAACAGCGCGUCGCCGGAGGACCCCUGGCUCAAAUUGGAAGUGAAGUCUGGCUGGCUUUGAGAUAGAUGGGAACUUCUCAGCUGUAUUUGACUGUUCUUUUGUUUGACUUGCUGCAUUGCUAAUCACCAUGUCUCAGCAGACAGACAGCACUUUCAGCGACAGCGGCUUUGACCACAGCUUCUUUGCAGAGAGUGCUCGCAAAGGAAGUCUAGUGUCAAGAGCCAACAGCAUCGGAUCCACAAGUGCCUCAUCAGUUCCAAAUACAGAUGAUGAAGACAGUGACAACAGACAUGAAACCCCCUAUAAGGAGUCUUAUAAAGACAGGAGGAGACGGGCACACACGCAAGCAGAGCAGAAACGAAGGGAUGCCAUCAAGAAAGGUUAUGAUGAUCUGCAGUCUAUAGUGCCCACGUGCCAGCAGCAGUCUGAGUUUGCCAUGGCCACACAGAAGAUGAGCAAAUCUACAGUCCUGCAGAAAACAAUCGACUACAUUCAGUUUCUCCACAAAGAAAAGAAAAAGCAGGAAGAGGAAGUUUCCACACUUAGGAAGGAGGUGAUGGCAUUGAAAAUUAUGAAAACGAACUAUGAGCACAUUGUGAAGGCCCAUCAGAAUAAUCCUCAGCAGGGCAGCGAGCAGGUGUCAGAUCAGGUGAAGUUCAGCGUGUUUCAGAGCAUCAUGGACUCUUUGUUCCAGUCCUUCAGUGCCUCCGUCUCCGUCAGCAGCUUUCAGGAGCUCUCUGCUUGUGUCUUCAGCUGGAUCGAGGAGCACUGCAAGCCCCAGACGCUGCGAGAGUUUGUGGUGACUGUGCUGCAGCAGGUGAAUGGGCAGAUGUACUGAAGCUCUGGAGCCGUCUGUCUGCUUGCCUCUCAGAUUUAGGGUGUGACACCCUUGUACCCAGCUAUUAUCCCAUUCAAAGAACACAGGAACUGUCUCUCUUUCACACACACAAACACACUAUACAGCAGGGCUUAAGCACACCAAUGGACGGGUGCAUUCAAGAACUUGCUUUAGAUAAGUUACACAAGUAUUGAUGAUAUUGUGAUAGGUAUUGGGAGCUUCAUGUAAAGUGUUUACAGUCAAGUGUGGAAUGCAGUUUUGUCAGACCGGUUGUCAUUUAGGUGAGGACUUUUAAUGGUGAAUUUUUUGUCAUAACACUAGUAAUUAUAAGGAUAAUACUACAUGUUAGCAUAUUUGCUGUUUUCUUACAUACCUUCAGGUGGUUCAGAAAUUAAAUCUUUAUCAAGGAGGUUUGGGUCAUAUCGUAUACAGGGUGAGAAAUCUAUUCAGAGAAGGUUGAACACACCCCAGUUCUAAAAAGUGUGAGGUGUGAAAUAUGUCUGUCCCUCAUGGUCAUAUUGGAAACCAGAUAGCUGUCUUUUAUGAUUAAGCUUGGUGUGCUGCAUUCAUUUAUCUUCUAGCCUCAUGUUUAAAUCAUUUCCCAUAGCACAUUUUUACCUUUGCGUACAGGCUAGUGCUCGAAAGGGGAGACAGUGUGAUGUAUCACUGUCAUGUAUGUUAUGUUUGUAUCUUUUAUUUGUUCAGAUCAGUUGGUUUUUAUGCCUGAAAAUCAGCUGAAACAGCUGUCCUCUGUGCUUUAAUAUAUUAAAGUUAAGCAACGCUGAGCCAAGUCUAAGGUUCCUAAGUUCCCUCUCCUUGGGAUACUGUGACCAAAGAUUGCAGUAUCUACGCACAAAGUGUGAAAGACAAACCUCUUAUUUUCUGCAUGUGUAGCACAAUUUUCAGUGUUCUAUUCUAAAUCUAUGUUAACGGUUUGAGACUGUGAUCAGUAUGUUCUCACAAUCACAUCCAUGCGUGGUAACAACUUCAUGUGGUUUGACUACCCAAAAAUAUUUAAUGUAUGUUAAUCAGACAAAGGCAUAUUGAGAAUUAGAACUAAAGUCUCAGGAAAACUUUUUUCUGUAUCAAGACUUUUAAAUAACAGAUGAUUGUACAAUCACAGUUUGACCUGUGCUGGAAAAAGGGACAUCUUAUAUUUUAAGCCAUAAUGUGAGAAAGAGUAUGUCACUCUGAGCUAAAUAAUACUUUGUGUUUUUGCAUUUCUGACUUCAAGAAAAUCUUAAAUAUUUUUGUAUUUUUGAACUUUUCAUUCAUAAAUAAAUUAUGUUCAAACU